GAGCACCGGGAGAGAGACUGCAGGCUGCGAGUGAAUGAAUACUCGUCUCCGGUGACCGUAAAUACCCCAAACCGUGAGUUUAAGCUGCGUUUUCGGUUCACUGGGACCUCAGAAGUUUAAAAACUAAGUCAUCUCACCUGAAGCUCAACGCGUGCAGCCAUGGCUCGUAAGGAUUAUGCGGCAGAGAAAGAGAAAUGCAAAAGGUUCCUGCAGGAGUUUUACACAGAGGAUGACAAUGGGAAGAAGGUGUUCAAAUACGGAGCUCAACUUGUGGCCCUGGCCCACAGGGAGCAGGUGUCUCUCUUUGUGGAGCUGGACGAUGUGGCAGAAGAAGACCCUGAGCUGGUCGAGAGCAUCUGCGAAAAUGCCAAACGCUACACAGGCUUGUUGGCUGAUGCCGUCCACGAGCUGCUGCCUGAAUACAAAGAAAGAGAUGUUGUGGCCAAAGAUUCUCUGGAUGUCUACAUUGAGCACAGGCUGAUGAUGGAACAAAGGGGUCGUGACCCUGCGGAUACUCGAGACCCUCGUAACCAGUACCCACCUGAGCUCAUGAGGAGAUUCGAGCUGUACUUUAAACCACCGAGUACCUCUAAACCCAAAGUGGUGCGUGAUGUUCGAGCUGACAGCAUUGGUCAUCUGGUGACGGUUCGAGGCAUCGUGACCCGUGCCACUGAGGUGAAACCAAUGAUGGCUGUGGCAACGUACACGUGUGAUCAGUGUGGCGCUGAGACCUAUCAACCAAUCCAGUCUCCCUCCUUCAUGCCCCUCAUCAUGUGUCCCAGCCAAGAAUGCGUUACCAACAAAUCAGGAGGUCGACUCUACCUGCAAACCAGAGGCUCCAAAUUUGUCAAGUUCCAGGAGCUGCGUAUUCAGGAACAUAGUGACCAGGUCCCUGUUGGUAAUAUUCCAAGGAGCAUGACCAUUUAUGCACGAGGUGAAAAUACUCGUCUUGCCCAACCAGGAGACCAUGUAGCCGUCACAGGAAUCUUCCUCCCUCUGCUGCGCACGGGCUUCAGUCAGGCUGUUCAGGGACUCCUGUCAGAAACAUAUCUGGAGGGUCACUGCAUCACACUCAUGAACAAGACGGAGGACGACGUGCUCGGUAACGAAGAGCUGAGCGAAGAGGAGCUGCGCAGCAUCACAGAUGAAGGAUUCUAUGACAAACUUGCGGGUUCGAUAGCACCAGAAAUCUAUGGACAUGAAGAUGUAAAGAAGGCUCUGCUCCUGUUGCUGGUUGGAGGAGUCGAACAGGCUCCCAAAGGCAUGAAAAUCAGAGGCAACAUAAAUAUCUGCCUGAUGGGAGACCCAGGAGUCGCCAAGUCCCAGCUGCUGUCCUACAUUGACCGUCUGGCCCCUCGAAGUCAGUACACGACAGGUCGUGGGUCGUCUGGUGUCGGUCUGACUGCAGCGGUGAUGCGUGACCCCCUAACUGGUGAGAUGACCCUUGAAGGUGGAGCCUUGGUGCUGGCUGACCUGGGCAUCUGCUGCAUUGAUGAGUUUGACAAGAUGGCGGACGCCGACCGAACAGCCAUCCACGAGGUGAUGGAACAGCAGACCAUCUCCAUCGCUAAGGCUGGCAUAAUGACUUCCCUGAACGCCCGUUGUUCUAUUCUGGCGGCAGCUAACCCUGCCUACGGCCGCUACAAUCCCCGGAAGAGCAUUGAACAGAACAUUCAGCUGCCGGCUGCUUUGCUCUCCCGUUUUGACCUGCUCUGGCUCAUCCAGGACAAGCCAGAUGCUGAUGCUGACCUGCGCCUCGCCCAGCACAUCACCUAUGUCCACCAGCACUGCCGCCAGCCUCCCACUCACUUCACUCCCAUUGACAUGAAGCUGAUGAGGCGUUACAUCGCUCUGUGUAAGAAGCGGCAGCCUGUGGUGCCCGAGUCACUGGCCGAUUACAUCACUGCAGCUUAUGUGGAAAUGAGAAAAGAGGCUCGAGUCAGCAAAGACACCACCUUCACCUCCGCUCGUACCCUCCUCUCCAUCCUCCGUCUGUCCACUGCCCUGGCUCGACUUCGCGUGAUGGACACUGUGGAGAAGGAAGACGUCAACGAGGCCAUGAGACUGAUGGAGAUGUCAAAGGAUUCGCUACAAGCUGACAAGUCCAGCACCACAAGGACCCAGCGCCCGUCCGACGUCAUCUUCUCCCUGGUGCGUGAGCUCGCCACAGAGGGCGUGGUGGGCCGCGGUGGAGCCGGCGGAGUUGUUCGCAUGGCUGAAGCGGAGCAGCGUUGUGUCUCUCGUGGCUUCACGCCCGCACAGUUCCAGGAAGCCUUGGAGGAGUACGAGGAGCUGAACGUGUGGCAGGUCAACCAGGCCCGAACCCGUGUCACCUUCGUCUGAACAACCCAGAACACUUCUUCAUGCACGCUUUGUUUCAGCCACCUGAGGGGAGAACUCUUUAUUGUCGGCUUUCUACAGACUUAUAAUGGGCCUCUUUAUUUUUUUCUCCUCCAGCCAUUUCUCGCGCAAGUCAAGAAACGUGGGCUUCUUUUAAGCGAGACUUCCUGCUGUUGGAGAUCCGUAGCUUUUUAUGUUUAAGAUUCCUGUUAACCAGUAAAGCACUUGUAAAUAUGUAUGUCAGAAGUUGGUAUUGUGUAGUAUUAUCUGCAGUUUAGUGCUUAAAGCAGUUGACAUUGAGCAUUUCUGUACAUUUUAUACCCUUGAAAUGCAAGAACAGGCAAGAUACACUGUUGAGCUUUGUAAUGUCACAGAUAUAAUAAAUUGUUGGUUCACUGCUA